GUGAGCGACGUGCUCGCGUCGCCGCAGUGGCCCGCGGACUGGCCCUACGCGCCGCGGGACUUCCAGCGCGCCGACGACCUGCCGGACCAGAUCUUCUACGACGCGCCGCGGUUCUGCUUCCACGUCGACGACAAGGCCGUCGAAGCGCUCACGGCCCACUACGCCACGGCCUUCAAGGCCUGGGACAAGCCGGCGAUCCUGGAUAUCUGCGCGAGCCACGUGAGCCACUUCCCCGCGGACAUCGCCGACUACGCGGGCAAGCGCGUCGCGCUCGGCAUGAACGAGGAGGAGCUCGCGCGGAACGAGCAGGUGGACGAGUACGUCGUCAAGGACCUCAACGCGGAGCCGGUCCUGCCCUUCGAGGACGACUCGUUCGACAUCGUGACGAACGUCGUCUCCAUCGACUACCUCACGCAGCCCCUGGCCAUCUGCAAGGAGGUCGCGCGCGUGCUGAAGCCCGGCGGCCAGGCCAUGUUCGCGCUGUCGAACCGGUGCUUCCCCAGCAAGGCCGUGGACAUCUGGCUGCGCACCAACGACCUCGAACACGUGUUCGUAGUAGGCUCCUACUACCACUACUCCGGCGCCUUCCAGAAGCCCUUCGCCGUCGAGGUGUCCCCCAAC